AUCUGUACACUGUGAUAUCGACCAAACAUUACCUGAUAUAGCAGGCCACACAAAUGGAAAAUCUUAUCUGAAGGUAUUUUAAUAUAUGAGGUCAUUUGUAGAUUGUGUGUGUAUCAUUUAGAUUAACUUCUGUCGUCGCUAGGUGGAUACAAGACAAUACAAUGACAAUACAUUUCUGAAAUAGCAUAAAUGGAUCAAAGAUUAACAGUGUAGUUCAAUACAAGUGCUUAACAUUUUUAUUAAAAGUUAGUUAAAAAUGGCGACACAUUCUCAGUUUUCUAUUGGAACUGGUUCUGAUAGGGUUAGCUUUUUCUGUAGUACAUCAUGCAAGGACAAGGAAAUUGUUGAAUAUGCAGUGUGUUACCGUGAAAAAUGUAAACAAUGUUUUUGCAGAAAGUGCUGUGGGCUACAUGAUCAAUUGUUUAGCAAACGUGUUUAUUACGAACGGGAUAAUAUGAAGAACUGGCCAGUUUCAAAGGAAUUGGCGGCUGUUUUGCGAAUGUGCAAAAUACACACUACGAAACAACUAGAGAGAUUCUGUAAUAGCCACUAUGAGCUGUGCUGCUCAAAAUAUGCUUCCUUUCACAGAAGAUGCAGAACAGUGACCUUUAACUCAGCUAAGAAACAUGCAGCAGACAUAAAUAAACUGUUUGCGAAGCUUCGGAUCAAUAUGAUUAAACUAAAAAAGCUUCAAAGUUACUGUGAGUCCGGAAUCAAGGAUCUAGACGUACAAGGAACAGAAAUCAUGGUACGGAAAAUGAACAAAAAAAUUAAUUCCACUAUGGAGAAAACUUUGUGGAGCACUUUGUAGAAAACAGCUAAAGAUGAGAAAAACAUGGUUUAAAAAAUACAUGAGUCGAUGCAUUCCACUUUGUGUGGUAUAAAAACAAACACUUUGGAUGAAACGAAAAGGUCGCUGUCUUGUCUUCAAGAUUCUUUGAAGACUAGUGUUAAAACAUGCAUCCUUUAUCAGAAUGAAUUAAAAACACUCAAUGAACUCCUUCUAUACAGCAUUGACAAAAACAAAAAGAAACUCUGCUUUAUAGCCGGUCGGAAAUGUAUGGACAAAAUACAGCAAAUCGAAUCAUACAUGGAUAAGAACUGAGUUAAACUAGAAUGCUCGUUAUUAAACCAGACUAUAAAAGACACUGAGCAAUACUUAUUCAAAUUGUUAUGUCUGGGGAGGCUGGUUACGAGUAUUAAGCCAAAGAAUGCCAUUGAACAGUACCUGACCAGAUUGUCAGGUCUUGUGAGCAUUGCAUUCAGUAACCAGGUGCUCAAUGUGAGUGAGAACUCGGAGCAAAAGAAUAUGCCAAGUGAUCCGGAGAGGUGCAUGAUCUCAGCCAUAUGUGUUCUCCCUGAUGGACAUAUCUUAAUUCUAGACACCAAUAAUAAUAAAGUCAAGCUUUUAGACCAGCAGUACCAGGUGGUAAGUCACUGUGGUGUAUCUGAUGGUCCAAUAGAAAUGUGUCACAUCACACCAGGUGAGGUGGCAUUGACCGUGGAUUAUAGAGAAACACAUGAGGUCCAGUUUAUAACAGUCAUCACUGAUCAGAUUAUUACGGGAAGGACGAUUCAGUUACAGCAUGCAUGUAUAGGUAUUGCCCACCAUCAGGGAGACCUGUUCAUUACUUCUAAAACAGCAUUGUACAAGUACUCAUUGAGUGGUAAUCAUAUAAGUAAACUAUACGAGGAUGAAUCAGGUAAUUUGACAGUAUGGAAAUGUGCUGUAAGUCCCAGAGGCGACAAGUUGUACAUCAUAAACAGAAAUGAGAACAUGCUCUUAACCCUGAACAGGAAUGCGAUAGUCCUGGCUCCCUUCAGAGACCCUGAACUAAAGAGAAUAGGUAGUGUUCAUGUGCCCCAUACAGGUCAGGUGCUGGUAGGCUAUGGAGGCUGGGGAAUGCGCUUUAUACAGGUGCACAGCGAGGGAAUCAGGAAGCUGACCACUAUUAUAACACACAUGCGUCCCCUGUGGGGCAUAGGUUUAGCAGAACCAGUCUGCUGCAACAGCACCAUUUCAUGCAUCAGUGUAGGACAGUAUCCUGGUAUUCAAAGUGAAAUAGCUGACUUGUACAUGAAUAGUGAUGAGCAACCAUAGAAGGGUGCACUCUCUUACACUGCGGUUCAUGUGGAGGCACGAACGAAAACUCUGCUUGGAUAAUGAUAAUUCGUAAAAUAAACAUUGAAGUGUUUUUAAUGUAAUAAUAUUUCAAUAGAUAUUCAAGUAGUGCAUGGAUUAAUUUAACCCGCUUUACAAUUUCUUGCUUAUUGUGUGGUUAGUCCAUGCACAAUAACGGUUUACCUUUUAUACAGAUCGGUUUUUAUUUGUGAUUGGUGAAGAAUGUUGCACGAGCAUAUUGUGAAUGUAUAACGCACAUGAUUUUUCACGAGCAUAGAGUAUAUCUGUGUAUGUAUACUGUUCAAAAAAGGAGCAUACUCCUUUGUUUUACUCUCUUCGGUUUGGCCAUGGCAAGUCUAGCCAUUCCUGGUAUUCGUCCUGUUUCACAGUAUGUACAUGUCCCAUUUGAUCCCGGUAUUUGAUUACGCUAUUGCUGGUCCAGGCAUCUUUCACCUCGUCCAUCAUUUUCUUCUUAACGCACAUUAACACUUGCAGAUUUAUUUUCGUCAGGUCUUCGUUCACGUAAACAUUCGAAUUUUUCAGCAGUUUUCUGUUUCAUAUUAUUUGGUCUUUUGUGAAUCUGGAGACAAACUUAACAAUGAUGUCGCGAUUCUUGUUUUCUGUAUUUGGUAUUCUAUGAACGAUAUCAAAGUCAUUCAUUGAGAUCUCUGCUAUUUUCUUAUCUUUGAAAAAAAUUAUAACUUUUGUUGCUGUUUCUGUUGCUGGUUCAUUUGGGUCUGGAUCCGGUAUUCCUUUGAUCUUUAUAUUGUUCCGUCUGCUAUAUUGCUCGGCAUCCUUUUCACCCUGUUUUCUCAUUUCCUUUUCUCUUUGUACUUUGCGAACAAUUAGGUCGAAAAUAAAUACAAAUGAAAAUAUCUCAGGUAUAAGAGUAAAAAAACAGAAAUUAAACAAACGCUCUUCGCAGACGACGCAUGAUUCCUUCUGGAUGGAUCCAGAUUAUCAUUUGAGACCCUUAUUACAACCCUUGACAAUUUAAAAAAAAAAUCAGGCCUAAGAUUAAAUAAAAAUAAAUGCAUUGUUCUGUGCGUAGGACGUAUAAAAUUUUCAAACAUUAUUUUCUGUAAAAAACACAAUUUCUCCUGGACAUCGGAAAGUGCAAAAACACUAGGUAUAACAUUUUUGAAUAACACGGACGAAAUGACCGAGUAUAACAUCAAACCAAAGAUUAAAGAGUUUAAAAAAUGUCUCGCAAAAUAGCAAAAAUGGACACUAAGUUUAAUGGGGAAAAUUACAGUUUUAAAAACAUUCGCCUUUACAUCCAUUAACAGUUUUAAAUAAUCCAGACAAUGAAAUUAUAAAAGAUAUAAAGAACUCAAUGUUUUUAUUUUUGUGGGAUUAUAAACCAGAUAAAAUCAAGAGAAACAAAAUUUUUCAAAACUACAAAAAUGGAGGACUUAAAAUGAUUGAUCUCGAAAAUUUUAUAGACGCGCUAAAAUCAAGCUGGGUGAAAAGAAUGUUAUAUCAAUCAACUACAAAAUGGACAAACAUGUACAGUGACAUGCUUGAAAAUAAUGGCAAUCUCUUUAUCUUUAAAUGCAAUCUAAAACCAUCAAACGUAGACUUUUUGGAAUUGAAAUCAAAAUUUAUAUCUGAAUGCUUAAAAGGAUGGUGCCGCGCUAACUAUAAAGAAAAACAGACAAUCAUAGGGAAAGAAAUACUAUAGAACAAUUCAAACAUAUAACUAUUUAAUAAAACAUUUUUUUACAAAACAGGGUUUGAUCGAGGUAUUACACAAAUAGAACAUAUCUGUAACUACAGGAAGAAACAUUGUCAUACCUUCACAGAACUUCAAGAAUUAUAUGAUUUGCCCCGUUCUGAUUUUUUAAAAUACCACACUUUAGUUGGUUGUAUACCAAAAUGCUGGAAAGAAAAAAAAAUGAACAAUGAAAAAAUGUCAUACGUGUCACCUAGUUACCUAAUUAAUAGAAUCAACCCAACAACAAAAAAUAUGCAAAUUUAUAAACGAAAUGUUAAUAGAGAAUACUCAUAUAUAAAACAUCAAACAAGAACACAAAUGGGAAAUGCUUUUUAAUAAACAGUUGCAUUGGGAAUUAAUAUUUACUCAUUAUAUUCAAAUCACAAUCGAUUCCUUCUUAAGAACGUUCCAGUAUAAAUAUCUGAUGAACAUUGUUCCCAACAACGAAAAUCUGUUUAAAUAUGGCAUUGUAGAAUCUUGUCUCUGUGAUUUAUGUUUAAUGUCUGUUGAAACAAAUAUGCAUUAGUUUUGGAAUUGUCCUAAUGUUCAUAUUUUUGGAACAAUAUUGAGACAUACAUUUUGUAUAUAGAAACUCAACUUAGCAUUUCUACUGAUUUCCAAUUGUCUUAUGAAAGUUUUUCACUUUGUAAUAUUUUUAUCAACAAUAGGAACUGCUCAAACUGUGUCAAUUUUAUUGUAUUACUGGGAAAAUGUUUUAUAUUUAAGGAAAAUAUGUCCACCAAUUUUAAACGAUUUUUGGAAUAUUUUAAAUACAAAAUAAAAAUCAAAAAGAUAAUCGCAAGCUGGAAGGGUAAAACUGAAAAGCAUACUCAAAAUAGAGUAAUUUUGUAAUUUAAUUUGUUUUCUUAAAUUUAAGGGAUAAAAAGAAGAUAAAUAUGUUAAUAUUUCUACGUCAUAUGCUUUGCUACUUGUACACGUUUGUGUCCUUUAUUAAUCAAAAUAUACCACCUUUUUCAUUUUCAUUUUCAUUAUCAUUUUCAUGUAUUCCAUAUGUAUAUAUAUAUAUAUAUAUAUACUGUAUGUACUUUUUCUGUGUAAAAUGAUUGAAUGUGCAUAUAUUAUGUAAUGAAUAAAGUACUAAAAACGGGGGAAAAAAAGAUUGACAGCUUCGUCGACUGUGCAAACUGCUUACAAAUCUGCAAAUAUUUGUUUCAUUAUUUCAGUUUCAUAUUUAAUGUUUAGAACUGUCUAUUGAGAGUUCAAGAAACACUUGCCGCACAACUUGUGUAAAGCAAGUCACACCCGAGACGAGAGGGAAUGUCAAGAAAAACUGAACAGACCUACUGGACAGCUGUCGAGUCCAUGUACUAGGAAAGGAAAUGACAAGCCUGUGAAGCUAGUAUGCAAACGUGAAACAAUUAUUGGCAGGAUAUUGUUUGCACAUUGCAAAACAAAUCUGAAUCAUUCUACCAGUUAUUGUGAAGUUCUUGCACGGAGAAUUUAAUGGACAUGUCAAAAAAUGAAUGUGCAUUAAAUCAAGAAGAAUUGAUGAGUUCUCUCGAUGGCAUAUCAACAUCCUGCACAUCUCAUCUCCGCUAAAAAUCUCCAUUCGAUUCCAACUAUAGCUUUUUAUAUCGCAAGUUUGAAAUGACCACAACCAAUUCAAUUUGUAAAGAGUGUGUCUUAAAUGAUAUGGUGUACAAUAGCAUCACAGCAAAAAAAACUGGAGGCUCAACAAGAAUCUUCAUCAGACUUGCAUCAUAAAACAAUAUAAGCAAUGCUCGGAAAAGUUGUUCUGUGUAGGAGAAACCCUACCAAUAAGGCGGGAUAUAUAUAAUCGCAAGGAAAAUAUCCCCAACACUACAGCAGAGACAUAACCUUACUGCCAAUUGUAGAUAUGUUCCUGUGCCGGCGAAGCAGCGUCUAGAGGCUACAGCGAAACAUGACAUUGCUCGCUUGGAAGCCAUUUCUCAUUGCUCUGACACAAUAACAAGCUACACAUAAUCAUGGAUACUUUUAGCAAUAUUAACAUGCGGGAAUUAUAAACAAAAUCUUAAUAAAAAAAUAUUCUACA